AUCAUCCAGAAUCUUGUUGGAGAACCAGUGGCUUCAAAUAAUGAGAAAUCAGAAACUGGACUGGAAAAAUCUGCAGUUGUUCCCAAUAAGAAGAGCUGGGCAGAUAUGGUUGAAGAAGAAGAAGAAAUGUUAAGUGCAAAAGGUCCAAGCAGAAAGUUUGAUGGUUUUAACUGUGAAGAGGAAUUCAAUGAUGAAAAUCUGAAUUCAAACAUAAUUUACCAGAAGCCUCUUUCGCAGAAUCAGAUUGGAACUGUGAGGCAGAUGCUUGAAUCACUUGAUAUUAAAGGAGGAAAGAGUGCACCUCUGAAUGCUGUUUCUUCAAGGAGAAACAGGUAGCCGGUUUUCCAGGACAUAACCAUUCUUUCUGAGAGUCCAUGAAUGAGAAUGUUUGCGUAGUAUAUACAGUGCCAGCAUACCACAUUUGAUACAUAGCCUUAAAUGCAUUGGUUUGUGGGUACCAUUUUGAUUGUAUUCAUUAAUCAUCAAUUGGUCAUAUAUUGUAUACAAUGAUUUGUAACUAAUAGACAAUGAAUACAUAC